UCUCAGAUCUCAAGUGGCACAUAUACCCUGAGGAGUGAAGGACACACAAGAGCUCAUCCGCCGGAGAUUACAUUGGACACAUUUCUUUAUUUUUUUUCUUUCUGAGUUUGGACAUCUUAUUACUGCACUAAAGACAAUGAAUCUCAACGGGAUGCACAAACUGGUCACCACCCUGUGCUUCAUACUGCUGUCGACUCCCGUGGCUGAGACAAUGACAACAGUUAUGCCGAUAACAGCAAUGGAAACAGAAGCAAACACCCAAACAGGUGGUGUGGAGACGACCGUGAUCACUGAAGAGACAACAGGAAGUGCCACGGAAACAACCAUUAUCACACAACUACCAGGAAACACAGCAACGCCUCCACGGACCAUCGUCCGGACCACUGCUAUCAUUCCUAACUACGACGUGGCUCCGCUGACGGGAUCUUUCAGUAGCGCUGACUGUGGCUCCACAAAGCUGUGUGCAGCUGAGCCCACUCAGUGUGAUCCAUCAACAGCAGCAGAUUGUUUCUUUUUUGCAGCCACCCAAACGUCUGGUCGGAAUUUUGAGUGUCAAUUCUCAGGACCUAGUGCUGGGUACAUAGCCGUCACCUUAUCAACUGACCCCACCUUGGGGGGCAACGACACCACGUAUGUUUGUGCCAAUGAUCGGGGCAACGUCAGGUUCAUAGGUGCCUUUCUCGACAACCAAGUGCUUAGCCAGACAUCAACGUUGAAUGCCAACGAGGUGAAAGGAAGAGUAGAUAAUGGGAAUGAAAUCCUCUGUACAUUUAAAGCGACCGUUCCAGCCUCAGCAUCGAGAACCACUGGUUUCACAAUUGGACUGUCAAAAGGAUCCUACAAUAGCACCACUGGUGCACUCGGAAACACAGACACGGUGUUUAAGUCCCCCACUCUGGACUUGGCCAACAGCAGUGCCAAUGUCACCAACGUCCUGGCUAACACCACCUCGAGUACCACCACAGCUACACCUACCACUCGCACAGCCACUGUUGUCUCCACAACAAGUCAAGCUACAGUUCCCCAGCAGUCGCUGACACAAGGUAAGAAUGCGUCUGAAAGGCCAGUAGGACAAAAGUCGAUAUUUCAUGCUGAAGUCCCCUCUCUCUUUCUCUGCAGCUCUCCUCAUCACUGUGGGCGUGUUGAGCCUGCUCAUGCUAUGAGGACCUUGACAGACAUGAAUGUAGCUUGAGAUGGUUCACACGUUCUGAUGGAAAAGACACACUGUGACCAGUCACUCACUGGUGGAUCAGACCGUCACAGUUGGCCUGGCUUCAUCUUUACACGGUCGCGGUGUUGUGUAUGUUGUUGAUCGUCAAAAUGAAUCCUAAUGCGAGUGAUGCCGGAAAAAGGCAGACGCAUUUUUGCUUUUGCACUUUUGCUUCAUUUUACAUUUGGUGUCAGUGAACACAUGUAUUCAGUGUUAAUGAUUUUGCAGAUUUUUAUUUACUUUUGGCUUGACUGCUCUUUUUGAACAGUGCUGGCCUCGUGUGCUGCAUAUUACUCUUGUAUUUAUACAAAUAAACAUUUUAUUUAUUUAA